AUGAGCAACAGCAGCUUCGGCUCCAGCCAACUCCCUGCCGGCAAGUCCGGCCAGUCCGGCCCGCCUCCUCAGUCUUCGGAUUCGUUCACCAUCCGCAAGAGUGCGAUAUCCGAGAAUCCCUUUGAAGAGGUGCUCAACAAUGAACAUCCGUGGUCCAUUGGGGAUAUGGGCCAGAACGCAAUAUCGGGCAUUUUGAACGAUCCGACCGUCCAGGCAAAGUCUGGCGCCAAGCCUCUCAAGGGCAUGGAUACGCUCCCCAUCAUUCCACAAACCCUCAUCCGCAAGGUCCGGACGCCCGAGUUUGAUCCCUACCUCAAAAGCAUCUCCGAUGUGAUCGACCGGUACCAGUACAACCGAGCCAUCGGCCUGGCCGUUGCGACAGAAGGCAAUCCUGUCCUCGGCGGGAGUCAGCAGUCGCAGUCCAUGACCGACAUCUCAACAAAGCUCAGCGAGAUGGGCAUCCAGGACAGCUACAAGGGUCGCAACGACUCGGCGCGGAAAAAGCUGGCAUCGACCAACGCACCCUCGCUCGAUCUCGUUCCGGCUCAGUUUUUUGACGGUAGCUUCAACCUGAGCAACCCACAUACCUGGAGAGAGGUUACCGAGCAAGCCGACCUGACCCGAGCCACCAGCACGUCCUCAAACGAAAUGGUGCUGACCAGCCAUCUGCUUCAGGACAAGCUAUCAUCGUACCUGGAGAUCGUGGAGGUACACCUGCUCAUGGAAAUCUCACAGCGAUCGCAGUCGUUCUUCUCGGCUCUGUCGAAUCUCCAGGCCUUGCAUCAAGAGACACAAUCGUGUGUCGCCGAAAUCAACGACUUGCGCACCAAACUCAAGCGCCUUUCUGCCGACCAGGUCAAGAAGGGUCUGUCGGUUGUGCAGCUCAAGAAACGGCGUGGGAAGCUUGCGCUGCUCUACUCCAGCAUCAAGCUGGUGUCCGAGGUCAAACAAACCCAGCCCAUGAUCCAGGUCCUGUUAGGCCAGGGCGACUAUGUCUCGGUGCUCGAUCUAAUCGAAGAAACCAGUGCCAUGCUCAAGGGCAGCGCCUCGCCAUCACCGGACACCAAAGCCGACCAGCUCAGGGUGCUUGGUCCUGGAGUGCAAUGGAUGCCCAAAGCGUCCAACAUGCCGCUCUCUCUGGACCUCAGAGGCGUGCGUUCGCUCGCGAAUCUCUAUGGCCAGCUCUCGGAGAUGUCCCGCACCAUCUCGAUGCUUAUGGAGUCGGAGUUUGUCAGUGUUUUGGUAAGCGACCUUCGCGAAACACUCAGGCUCAUCGACCCGGUCUCCAAAAUCAGUCCCCGCAUCAAAAAUGCCCCGAUUAUCCACUGGAUUUCCAGCAUUCUGAGUGGCGAUCCGAGACAGCUGUCGUCUGUAGGCGGUGCCGCUGAUACCGCCCAGAAUGUGCCUGCCCUGCUCAUAUGGGAAGACAACCUGAAGCUACGUAUGCGGCCACUGGUCAUGGGGCUGCUCAAGAUGGAUAGGCUGCCAGCAGCAUUCCAGGUGUACAAGACGACGAUCAUGGCCGAAAUCAAGGCGGCGAUGAAGCAGCACUAUCCCGCCAUCUCGCCAAUCUAUAUGGAGGAUAAGGGCUCGGGAAAGAACAGGUAUGCGGCCGAGACCGCGCUGGCUCGCCAGCUUCGAGCGAUGAGCUUUGACGCCUUCUAUGGCGUCUUGAUGAAUGUCUACGUUUCGCUGCUCCAUGUGAUCCAGCGAACAUCGAUUGUCCACGAGCUGACACUGGUGCUGCUGAAAGAGGCUCAAGAUUCCGGCAUCGUCAUUGGAACCGAGAGCCUUAAACUGUUAGAUUCCGAGCCCUCAUCCAAAACGCCAGCGCUUGGAACCCCCUCAAAGCUCCUCCCCCAGCUGUCGGAGGACCAGGACGAGUUUGGCUCGGCCGACGAUAUUCUACAAAGGCAGUAUUCGCAACUCGGUACCCCAGACAAGGACUUUGCAUCCCCGGUCGGCAGAAGCUCGAGCGGCUCGGCGCCGUCGAUAUCGACGUUCACCCAGCUCGGGCAAGAGUCGUCCGACGUUGUCUUUGCGAUCUCGGAUCUAGCACACGUGCGGUGCGCCAAGCUGCUGAGCGUGCGCUCUGAGCAGAAUGCCCAGCUGAACCCCAAGGACUUUUACCGCCUGUUUGGCGCAACAUGGGAGUUCAUCGGAGGAGGGGAGGGUCUCUGUGGUCGCAUGUGCUUUGGUCUGAAAGGCACGAUGCUCUCGCAGGCAAGUAUCGCGUGGGCCAUUGCCAAGGCCUUCCUGAACCAUUUCCAUGACGAGCGUAGAAAGCAGAUCACCAUGCUUAUCGACAACGAGCAGUGGGUCCAGGCCGAAGUUGCUGUUGACUUUCAGCUCCUAGCUGACCAAAUCGUCUACUCCACUGCCUCGAGUGCCAAAACUGUGUCGCCCAGUACUGCCCAGAGCAAGCUGCGCGAGCAGCAAAGCGACGAGGCCUUUGACAGCACAGACAACAUCGACAUCGGAGCCGAUGGAGAGUUUGAUCUUUCCAGCGGCAGCAGCGCCGCCCCUGCCGUAGCCAAGCAAGACAACCGAAAAAUCGUGGCCAACGGCCCCAAGACGCUCAAAUACCUGAUACUGGACAACGAAAAAUACUACGUCGUCAUAUCCGUGCUGUUGUUCCUGAAGAUGCUGACGGAGUAUAUGGCGUGUCUGGACCACAUCCCGUCCCUCACAACUGACGUUCUGAACAGGAUCGUCGAGAUACUUAAGCUUUUCAACUCCAGGGCAUGCCAAAUGAUUCUGGGUGCCGGUGCAAUGCGGUCAGCAGGACUUCGAAACAUCACUGCCCGGCACAUGGCGCUAACGGCACAGUCCAUUGGUGUGGUCACGGCGAUCAUUCCCCACUUGAAGACAGUAGUAUCGGGCUAUCUCACAGCAAAGCAGCAAGUCCUGCUGGCAGACUUUGAUAGACUCCUCUCGGAUUACCGCGAGCACCAGAACGGGCUCUAUUUCAAACUGGUGUCGCUCAUGACUGACCGACUCGAGUUCCAUUCCAAGAACCUCUGCUCUGUGAACUGGGAUCAGCCCGAGCUUCGCGAGCUUGCAUCCGACCAUACCGACGUCACCAGCGUAUACAUGGUUGCCCUCGUCAAGGAAAUUGGGACGCUGCAUCGAGUGCUGAUUAAGCUGCUUCGGCCCGAGGCGAUCAAGAUGAUAUUCACUCAAAUCUUCAGAGAGUAUGUCAUCCAGUUGGAAGAUGACCUCAAGAAGAUGGAUCUUUUCACAAGUGCUGGAAAGAAUCGGCUUUUGAUCGAUAUCCAGUAUUUCAUCCAGAAUUGCUCCGAUCUCGAAGGCAUCGAUGGACCCGGCAAUCAUCUCGAGGUGGUUGUGAACAACAUCAAGAUCAAGGAUCGUCGAGCUUACGUCCCCACUUCAAGUGCCCCUCCGUCCCACGGAGUGCGGAAGCAGAGCGCCGACGAACUCAGUAUCCGCUCGGUGCGGGUUGCAGGAUCCGGCGGAUACUCUCAGUCACAGCCGCAACAGCAGCCGCAACAGCAGCAAACUCAACCGCCUGCCCCCGGAGCCCCAGGCAAGACCACGUUUGCCACCAACUUUGGCAUGAUGCUGCGCAACCAGAACGCAUCGAUCAUCUCGAAAGGCAACAGCAACACAGGAGGCGGCAAUACGGGAUGA